GCAACUGUGUCCGAUCUAAGAUGGCGGCGGACAUCCGAAAGAAAUCCACCAAGCCCAGCUCGGCAAAGGGAAAAUUCGGCUCCUCCAUGGCCAAGAUGCGCUGGAAAAUGCUUGCAAAAGCUCUACACGAAGGCAGAGUGACACAGGCAGACCUAUUUUUUGGAUCCACACGAAGAUUCAGUGCGUUCGGGCUGCUACAGAUAAGCCCGCUGGAACGAUGGCGAUCAGACGAGAACGACGAGGGCAUCUGGUACGAGUGUACUUGCCUCAAAGAACCUGACUUCGAGCUUCGGAUCCGAUCACUGCCUGACAGAAUAUCGCUGAAGGACAUCAAAGGCUUUGACAACACCGGGAACAUCUGUAUAUGGCCAUCGGAGGAAGUCCUCGCAUACUACUGCAUGAAGAACAAGGAGAUCUUUGUAGACAAAAGCGUUUGCGAGUUGGGAGGUGGAAUGACGUGUCUUGCCGGAUUUGUCGUUGCCGCCACGACGAGAGCAAAGGAAGUCUGUCUGUCGGACGGGAACAACAAAUCUGUGCAAAAUGUCCAAAUAAUCCUCGACCGCAAUACGGGUUGCUUGGGAAAUGCGAACGUUGUUGCAAGGAGAAUAAGGUGGGACAAUGAUGACGACAUUGGGGACCUGGCAGGCCGGUUUGAUGUCAUCAUAUCUGCUGACUGCCUGUUCUUUGACGAGGGUCGUCAGCCGCUUGUCAAUACGAUCUGGAAGCUUUUAGGAGACAAGGGCCUUGCUGUGAUCCUGGCACCGACUCGGGGACGAACGUUCCAGCACUUCGUGGAGCUUGCGCAGUCACGGUUCUAUGUCGAAAUACUGAUGGCCUACGACACCUGCGUCUGGGAGCUACAUGCCCGGUAUCAGCAGGAAAGACCAGACAUCUAUGAUGCCAACCUCCACUAUCCACAGAUGCUCAUCCUUCGCAAGAUACUUACGGGAUGAGCAUUAUUUUGGUGCAAUCACUGAAGAAACUCAAGGAAAAAAAGCGAAAAAAAAAAAGAAAAAAAAAGUGCGAACGUACUCAUCACUAGUCCUGACCAGACGUCCGCCACCGACCGCCGCCAUCUUGGAAAAAGACUUCAGGACCAACUGUUGUACAGAAAAAAAGAACUUAAGGAACAACCGCAUGUUGCAUGUUUUAUGUAUAAAAAAAAAGAAAUAUGUGUGUGUAUGUGCAAUGUGUUUGUUGUUCAAGUGUUUCAUGGUUUCGCCACCAAACGUUUUAAAAAAGAUUAUCAUCAUCUCAUGUAGCGAAGUGUUUUAACGAGAGCAAUCUAUUGACAAGGAACCUGACCUAACAUAAAUGUUGUACAUAACAGUUAUUUUCGGGAGAGAGAAGAUAUCAUUACGGGGCGAGGCCCCAUAGCGCAUUUAAUCCUGCCGUCUCACAAUCUUUGCCAGAUGUCUACCGAUAUUGUCAUCUCGCAUGAAACAAGGUGUUCACAGAAAUAAAUUAUUGAAGAGAAAUCAUUGUAUUUAUUAAAGCCAAAUAAAGGUUGUUAUUUUGAAGAA